UCCCACCACAGCUGCAAUUUCUAUAUAAGAGGCCAUCUACUGGCAUUUUCAGAGACAUUGAGACAUUAACGUUCAUUUACCUACCAUUGACAAUAAUGGCCGGAAAAUUCCAAGCCACUCUUCUCCUUCCUCUAUUAUUACUUUCCCUCAUUAUACCCUCCCGUGCUGGUGGAAUAGCCAUUUACUGGGGCCAAAAUGGCAACGAAGGAACUCUAGAAGCAACAUGUGCUGCAGGGAAAUAUUCUUAUGUAAACAUAGCCUUCCUAAACAAAUUUGGCAAUGGUCAAACCCCAGAAAUCAACCUUGCUGGCCAUUGCAACCCAGCUACCAAUGGUUGCACCAUUAUCAGCAAUGGCAUCAAGAGUUGCCAAAAGAGAGGAAUUAAAGUGUUGCUUUCUCUUGGAGGUGGCAUCGGGAGCUAUACCCUGGCCUCUCAAGCUGAUGCGAAAAACGUAGCAGACUAUUUAUGGAACAAUUUCUUAGGUGGGAAAUCUUCGUCUCGCCCCUUGGGUGAUGCAGCAUUGGAUGGUAUUGACUUUGACAUAGAGCAGGGUUCCACCCUGUACUGGGAAGAUCUCGCCCGUUAUUUAUCUGCAUAUAGCAAGAGAGGCAAGAAGGUUUAUUUAGCAGCAGCUCCUCAAUGCCCAUUCCCAGAUAGAAACUUAGGAACUGCCCUUAAUACUGGUCUUUUUGACUAUGUAUGGGUUCAGUUCUAUAACAAUCCUCCCUGCCAGUAUAGUUCAGGUAACAUUGACAACAUUAUUAAUUCAUGGAAUCGAUGGACUGCAUCUAUAAAUGCAGGAAAAAUAUUUCUGGGUUUACCAGCAGCCCCACAGGCAGCCGGAAGCGGGUAUAUUCCACCAGAUGUGCUGACUUCUCAAAUUCUUCCGCAGAUAAAGACGUCACCUAAGUAUGGAGGUAUUAUGCUAUGGUCAAAAUUCUGGGAUGAUCAGAAUGGAUACAGUUCCUCCGUUCUGGAUAGUGUAUGACAAUUGGAAAUUCUGAGUUAGAAUUUACCCUUUGCUUGGUCUAAUUGCCAAGUAUGCGGAUCAAUUAAAUCAAUCUUGAUUGACAAAUUCAAUACAGAAAUUGUGGUUUGACUUUUUCUUGUA